AUGGAUGAUGCUGGGUUACUACUUCAUCCUGAGGUGUUUACUAAUGUUUACACGACGAAAUGGAUUACGCUUCAUGGUUCAUCCUACAUACCUAGCAGAGGUUGUGUUGUUGCUGUCGAUGCAGAUUUUUCCAACAAGAUGCCCGUUUUUGGUCAGCUGGAAAAAAUUUUCUCAGUCGGUGAAGAGGUCAUUUUUGAGUACACUCCAUUGAAAACACUGGAAUUUUCAUCUCGAUUCAUGGCUUACAAAGUGGAGAAACUUUCCUAUUUUGAACCCACGACGUUUUGCUUGUAUCGCAGAAUGCUUGACUACAAUAUUUAUUCACCAGUGAAUGUCAACACUGGACUUUACAUCGGUGAGUGA